AUGCAACAGUUAAUCGUGCCGAUCGUCUUGAAAAGGUCAAUCGCAAUGACAUUCAUUCCACAUGGAUCCUUCAUCGCAGUGGACGAUUUUGAAUCACCAAAACAUCUCGCCGAUUACCUGAAACGUUUACUCGCCAACAAAGAUGAAUAUUUGAAAUAUUUUCAAUGGACAAAGCGAUACUCGAAAAACUUUGAUGAUGACUACGGUUGUGGCUUAUGCAGAUUCAUUCAUCAGAAUGCGAAUAAGCAUCGAGUAGUAUCGGACAUCAGCGACUGGUGGUUCAAUGGAGCGACAUGUAUCAAUGAUUUUGCUUCGACGUUCCUCAAAAAUAGUUCCACUGACAUCAGCUCGACUCGACCGACGAGUAGCUACCGUUCUAGCGAUGGACAAACCCAGCGUUCAAUAAGACCUCAGAUAUAA